GUCCAUUCAGCAGCAACUUCAUUAUUCUUCCAUCCAUUCGGCCGCAGUAAUGUAAAAGUUUUACCAGCGGUCGUCGGUAGCAGUUUUUUCGGUAACUGAUUGUUCGUGUGUGUUUGCCUUGAGGGAACCUGCAAGGCCAGUUCGAGUGCUUCUGAGAUUUUCGGGAAUCGGAUAAUCCCUCCGGUUUUGUUGCUGCCUCCGGACAGUUUUUUUCCCCUUGCGUGAAACAAGAACAAAGCCCAAAGCUGAACGGGUACAAGCUUGCUGCUACUCCUCCCAUCGGAAUCGAAAAGUGUGUGUUUUCCUGUUUCGCAAAAGUGCAAAACGUUCCGCGAAGAAAAGUGGAUCCGAGAGGAAGUGUAUGUGAUUUUUAAUCAACUGAAGCUGAUGGACGUGUAGUGUAACCCAAAAUUCGGAAAAUCGGUAUUCGAAAUUCAGCGAAACGAUAGAAGGUGAAUAAUCCAAGGGAUUUACCUCCAGCUUUGUGGAAGCACCUGCAAAAAUAUCACCCACUCCACAUUACACCCGAUUUCCUAAAAGACUCGUCAGAGCCAGAAAGAUGAAAUUGGUAUAAAGCUGAUGGGGAGCAUACGAACGAAGAAAAAAACCGGCUCUGAGUACGCUGAUCUUGCAGUAGUUGUGCUGAUAGCAGAUUGCUGCAAUAGUUUUUACAUCAACAAGCUCUGGUGUCUUGGAAAAAACCAACAUUUGAAAUAGUUGCGUUCUACAGAUCGAACGCAGUUCGAACAUCGCUUGUGGAGGAAAAUUCUGCGGCUUCCCUGUGGCUAGGACAACCAUAAGAGCAGAGCAGCUUCUAGUGGCUUAUUCCUUGGACCCCCGAGAUAGCUUACUCCCUUCCAGCUCGAAAGAGGGGCAACGGAAUCGAAAACCACAACGGGAGAGCUCUAUUUUCGAUGGUCGGGCUGACAACAGAAUGUGAAUCCUACUACUAGCAUCAUCCCACGGACAGCACAGACGACGGUAUUAUUUUUAGGAAGUAAAGUUGUGGGUGUCUCGAAGGGCGAACCCUUAUCGACGGUUAGUUGCGUUUUGUUUCCUAUUUUUUCUUUUGUAUUUCUGAAAUCUACACCUUCAUCUCUACUAGGCCAUACCAAUAAAGUGCCAAAUUGUAUCGCUUAAGGUCACAACACUCAACACACCAACUACUAUUUUAGAACAGCGGCUGUUUUUGGGUUUUAGAGGUUUGAAAGCGGUUAGUGUGAAAAGUUCUAGUCAAAAUAAUUGUUAGGAUCCCAACUGUUUAGGCAAAAUCAAUUUCAAAUUUAGUAACAAAAGAGAUUUUUUUCAUAAGAAGAAGCGAUAAACUUUAUAUUAGUCACUGAUAGGAGGAAGUGUUCGGCGAGUUUUAGCAUAGAUUAGUGCGGAUUUUUUCAAAGAUACGAUAAGACGGUGGUGAUAAGAGGGUGAGAAAUAUCGAAGAUAAGCCUAAACGUUUUGUUUGUAUGAGUCAGUGAUUAGAUUGCGAUAGUUGAGCGUUUGCUUACCACCUCUAGGAAACAUGCUACAGUAUUGUUCGGUCUAGGGCACAACACGAGAUUUAAGUUCUAAGUUGGGAUGGGAAACAGUAAUUCAUGCUGUUCGUACUCGAGUUCACCGCCGCCGCGGAAGGCAAAGGAAGUUCCGGUCUUCGAGGAACAUCUUCCGGAGGGUGAACUCUCGACCAAUAACCUACAGCACAUUUCGGAACGCGAGGGAGACGAUGGGGAGCACGAUCCCUCGGUGGAUCCUUCCGCCGGCACAAUAUUCCUGGAGCGCUCCAAGCGUCUGGAGAAUGGGAUGACCCGAAAAAAAUCUCAACACACCAUAGCACCGGCAGGUGGUGCAGUGCUAAAGAAAAGUAGUUCCUGUUCGACCAUCUAUCUGGAUGAUUCGACAGUAUCGCAACCGAACCUCAAGAACACCGUCAAGUGUGUCUCGCUAGCAAUCUAUUAUCACAUCAAAAGCCGUACCAAUGAACGACGGAUAGACAUUUUCGACGAGAAGUUACAUCCGUUGACCCGGGAUCUGGUUCCGGAUGAUUACGAUCAGCACAACCCAGAACAUCGGCAGAUCUAUAAGUUUGUCCGAACACUUUUCAACGCAGCCCAGCUGACAGCCGAAUGUGCCAUCAUUACCUUGAUAUAUCUAGAACGGUUACUAACGUACGCCGAGCUUGACAUUGGCCCCUGCAACUGGAAGCGGAUAGUGCUGGGUGCCAUCCUGCUAGCUUCCAAAGUGUGGGACGACCAGGCCGUCUGGAACGUCGAUUACUGUCACAUCCUUAAGGAUAUCACCGUGGAAGAUAUGAACGAGCUCGAAAGGCAAUUUCUCGAACUGCUGCAAUUCAACAUUAACGUUCCGUCGUCGGUGUACGCCAAAUAUUACUUCGACCUGAGGACGCUGGCCGAGGCCAACGAUCUGUCCUUCCCGACGGAACCGCUGUCCAAAGAACGGGCCCAGAAGCUGGAGGCCAUGUCCCGGGUGAUGCAGGAUAAGGCCACGGCCGAGGCGCUCAAGAACGGUAUGAAGAAGUGGUCCUCGAUCGACAACAUACCCCAGGCCAAUGUGCGACGUAGCGUAGCCAUCCUGUCGUGAUUUGUCCCAACCAUGAUUAUAGAUCUGAUAGUUCAGGUAUUUUGGCCAAAUAAACCAAUCCAUACGGCAUGGAUUAAACUUGUGUACAGUCAACAGAACAGAAGGUACUGCGUAGCGAGGACAAAUUUUAUGUGUAUUUUAUACGUAUUUAUAUGAAGAAAAUUUUCGAAACAGAGAAAGAUGAUAAAAAAUCGUAGCUAAGCAUGUGAAGAUUUAUUUUUACGCGAAACUCCCUUUAAAAAAACAAAAGACAUGAAUGUGAACGAUACCCCAGUGCUAACGUUGCAAAUUUUGGUGGAUUUUGGAGAUGUAGAUCAGAAAAAUGUGUAGUUUGAGUACUUUCUUUUCAAACUUGUUUUGCAAACCAGGACCUUUGUUAGCUUUUUUAAUUUUUAAUUCAAAAAUUUUCAAUGGCUUUAUAAUUUUAAAACUGCGAAAAAGACAAAUUCUAAAUUCCAGAACUAAGUUUCAUUCAGAGUUCAAGCGGAACUCUGACUACAGAAUACAUCAGCAUUCAGAUUCAGAGCUCAGAUUUCGACUCAGAUUCAGACUUCAGAUUUCGAUAAAAGAAUGCUAAAUUUACAAUUUAGAUUUAGAAUUUAGAACUAACAAUUAACAAUCAAUCCGGAUUCCAGAUCUUUAAUUGGGAAUUCAGGUUCAUAGUUUUUAUUUAGAAUUGAGAUUCUAAAUCUAGAUUGAAAAUUUUUAGCGGCUUAACCGGUGAGGAUUCAACAUUUGAGGUUCAGAUUCCAGAUUCCAGAUUCAGAAUUCAGAUUCAUUAAUUUCAUUUAGAAUUUAGAACUCAUAAUUCAGAAUUUAGAGUCAGAAUUCAGAUUCAGAAUUCUGAUUCAGCAUUCAGAUUGAAAAUUUAGUUUCAGAAUUCAGAUUCAAAAUUCAGAAUGCAGAUUAAGCAUUCAGGGUUCAAAUUCAGAAUUCGGAAUACAAAAUUCAUGUUCAGAAUUCAGGUUUCGAAUUAAGAUUCAGAAUCAGAAUUUUGUUUUCUGAUUCUUGAUUUCUUUUACCGUAUUUCUAAUUCCAGUUCUGAUUUAUAAUUCCGAUUUUAAUUUGAAUUCUGAGUCUGAUUUCUGAUUUUUGUUUUUUUUUAUAUCUGAUUCAGAUUUUUCAUUUCGCAUUUUGAUCUGAUUUCUGUUUUUUCAUUUCUGAUUUCUGACUCUUAUUCCUGAUUUUUAAUGAUGUUUCUGAAUUCUAAUGAAUAUCGAUUUUUAUUUAAAUUAAAAUCUGCAGAAUCUGAACUAACGAGCAAAACUCACAAUCAGAAUUCAGAAACAGGAUAUCAAAUUCAGAAUAUUUAUUCCGUAUCAGAUUUCCGAAUUCAGUUUAAAGGAUUUUUUUAUAUUUAUUUGCGUUAAAACCAUUUUUGUUAUUCUUUCUCUAGUAUUGAUUUUUUUUAUUUAAAUUGGCCUUAUCUACACAUAAAUUUCCCAGGUCUACAUUUCUAUCCACAAUUGUCAAUUUCAUUGUGAAAACAAACAAUGUUCAUCAGUAAACAAAAAAAAAAAAAAUUGCAGUGCUGUUAAGGUUUCCAUAUUUUAAAAAAUAUCGCUCUUAAAUUUGAUAAAACCAAAAACGAGAGGACUCUUUAGUACCCCCAAUUUGACUUCCAUUAGUUUCAAAUAGGUAAAGAUUAGUUUCGAUUAGGAUCGUAUAUUUUGUUCUUAGCAUCAAAAUCCAGCCGGUGGUCUCUGUUAUAAUCAGUAUUCGCUUUUUUGGCACCCAUUCAUAUUGAAAAUCAAAACUCGCAUACAAAACAAAUAAACAAACAAAAAAGUAAACUUGUAGAUAAAAUUCAAACUAGAAACACUGCACAGUUGCAUCUCAACCAAGCUCUAGAAAACGAAUACAAAACUGCACCUUUUUUUAACAAGAAAAAACGAAAACUAACCGAAAGUAAUUAUAAUGCCGUCAAGGAACACGUGUACUAGCUAUAGCCUACAGGAAAAUUUUAUUUCUAAUGCAUAUUUUGUCAGAAUUCACCCCUUAGGGUCCAUCGAAAUGGAACCUCACACAGCUAACAAAUGAAUAAAAAAAGCAUCCAGCAACACGCGAUCAAUGAAAUUUUAUACUAUAGAAUAUUAUUACAAAACAGAAACGCUGCAAAAGUCUGCUUCAUUCAACAACAGUUUCCUUACUCGAGCGACCGAAUCGAUUUGAUUGUUGAAUAGAAAACAGCAAAUGUUUCCAAUGGUUAGUAGAAGUGUAGAAGUGAAAGUUGAUUAAAAAAUCAAACAAACAAAAUGGCGAUAAUCCUUUAAAAACAAAUCCGAGAUAGAUGAGAUACGGGGAAGAAGCAUUAAGCAAACAAACAAUAGAAGCAUAAAAUCUAAUCAAUAGCAUAGUAGGAAAACCCGUGUAGUGAUAUAAGCGAGCAUAACAGUCAUGAAAUUUUCAUCAUUUCGUAUCCUUAGUCAAAUUCAAAAGGAAUCUAAAAACAAAAAAAACUAAAACUAAAACCCAUUGCAAGCAAUUGGAUGGAAGAAAUUUAGGUGAUCUAUUGGUAAAGGUUGAUGAAAACGGUUAGCAUGAUAGGAAGAGUCUUAGGAAAGGAAGUUUAACUAAAAAAACAACUAGCAGUACAGAAUCAAACAAUUUAAACGAAGAAUAAAUACAAAAGAUAAAAGAAAACAAAGAUGAAAACUUUAUGUAGGUUUACGACGCAACACAACUGAAGGCACCUUAAAAUGAAACGAAUGAUGAACAUGAAGAAGAAGCAAACAAAAAAAAAACAGGACAUUUGACUAUUCAAUAUAUUGAGAUCAGAGAAGAAUAUCGUACCAAUUUAUUUGUAUCCUAUAAGCUAUUGCGCGAAAUGAAGAUAUGAAUGAGAAAC